AUGUCCGGGUUGAAAGGUCGCGCGAAGCAAUUCAUGGACGAUGAAAAAAUCGUCAAAGACUACGACCCUGAGGCGGAUGGCCGAGACGUCGAAGAGAGUGGUAGCGAUGCCAGUGGCGACGAGCGCACCGGGACAGAGCACUAUGAGGCCGUAGGGAAAAGCAAGCUUAGACAAAAAGAUUCCGUCUUUUUGGGCUCUGAGUAUCGGGGUUCCAAAGUCUCCAGAGCCGCCUUAGAAGAUGACGAUGAGGAAGAUGAGGACGACGACGACGACGACGAGGAACAAUACGAUGAUCCCGAUCUUGCCGACUUGGAAGCCGACGAAGCCAAUGCUAGCGACUCGGAGAUCGAGAGCGAUGACGCGCUGGCUGAAUCGGAUGAGGAGCGUCUGAAAGACUUCACCUUCCGAGGAAGUUCCAAGCCUGCAAAGCCAUCAGCAAAGAGGGCAACAGCCGCCGACUUCAUGUCAUCCUCGGAGGAUGGUGAUGGUGCCACUAGCGGUGCAGACCUUGAGGACGACGAGUCUUCCGACGAAGCCCUAGACGAGGACGAGCUUGGGUCUGAUGAAUCAGAGGGUGACGAGGAUGACGGCCUUGAAGCACUUGCAGAUGGCCUCUCUGACCUGGGAGAGGACUCCGAAGGGUCUGAGGAAGAGGAUCCAUCUGAUGAGGAUGAUGGAAAUAGCGAGGACGACAGUUCGGAUGACGAUGGCAAAGCCACCAAGAAGAAGUCAGCUCCUGGAUUGGUGUCUCAGGCCCCAGCAUCUCAGCAGCAAUCAGAGGUGGAGAAGGGAGUGGCAAUUCAGCAGCAACGCAAGGUGUACGAUGGGCUUCUUAACCUCCGUAUCCGGUUGCAAAAGGCUUUGGUCGCCGUAAACACCUUUCCGGUCAUCGAUGACUCUGAACCUGCUACUGAGCCUUACGAGGCGGCCGAGGUUGCUGCGGUCAAGCUUCUCAAUACUAUCAGCAACUUGAAGCAUGACUUUGGAAACACGGCCCAAGUAGGCUCAAAGAGGAAGCGAGAAAUUGAAAUCUCUCUUUCCAAUGACGAUAUCUGGGAGCAACUCAAGGAGGAAGAGCGUGAACUGAUGAAAUCACGACAGGACAGACUGGAAAAAUGGUCUCGACGGGUACAGUCAGUCACUGUGACUACUGCUCCCAAGGGGCUCGGGGCCAGAAACAAGACCCUCAUUAACAACUUGGAGGACCAACUGGCUGAUUCUGACGAUCGCCUGGUGAAGAAGACGCGGGUUCCCCGCUCUUGCGCCCCAGCUCAGGCUGCCAAGAGGGUCACCGAGGACGAGUACAUCUAUGAUGAUGCCGACUUCUACCAGCUGCUGCUGAAGGAACUCGUUGAGCAGCGAACCGUCGACACAUCCGGUGACCAGGUCAAUGGCGUUCCCUCUGUCAUGCUCACGGCUGCGAAAGACGUCAAGAUGCGCAAGAAUGUGGACCGAAAAGCGAGCAAAGGCAGGAAGAUGCGAUUCACCGUCCACGAAAAGCUGCAGAACUUCAUGGCACCCGAAGAUCGCCGGUCCUGGGAGCAAGGGGCCAUUGAUCGCUUCUUUGUCACCCUAUUCGGCCAGAAGAUGGAACUCGAGGAGGAUGAGAGUGAAGAUGAGGACAUGAAGGAAGUCGAGGCACAAGCCGAAGGAUUGAGACUGUUUCAAUAG